UGAGAGAGAUUUCUGGAGAUUUUGGAAUCACGAACAGAGAGCGAGAGGAAUCGGACAGAUCGGCAAGAGCUACGAGGCAGCCCGGGGAAGGAAUCUUCUACACUCUUUGAACAUGAGGUGCUUGUCUCUCUCUCUUCUGUGGAUCAACUGGUGCUAUGUAUGGCAAACACAAGCAGAAUUCUUCACUUCCAUAGGUCAAAUGACAGAUUUAAUUUACACGGAAAAAGACCUGGUGAAAUCGCUGAAAGAAUAUAUAACUGCAGAAGAGAAUAAGUUAUCAGCAAUUAAAAGCUGGGCUGAAAAGCUGGAUGAGCUGACACAUACAUCGACCUCUGACCCAGAAGGAUAUCUAGGCCAUCCAGUAAAUGCAUACAAGCUAAUGAAGAGGUUGAACACUGACUGGCUAAAACUGGAAAACUUGGUUCUGCAGCACACUUCUGAUGGCUUCAUUGCUAAUCUCUCAAUUCAGCGGCAGCACUUCCCCACAGAUGAAGAUGAGAGUGGAGCAGCAAAGGCCCUCAUGCGUUUGCAGGACACCUACAAGCUGGAUUCUGACAGUAUUUCCAAGGGCAGACUGCCAGGUGUACAGCACCUGGUGUCACUCACAGUUGAGGACUGCUUUGAGUUGGGGAGGGUCGCUUAUAACGACGGUGACUACUACCACACGAUUCUGUGGAUGGAACAAACCCUCAAACAGCUGGAGGAAGGGGAGCUGGGUGGGGUCACAAAGGCUGAAACGUUGGACUACCUCAGCUACUCUGUGUACCAGAUGGGGGACCUGCAUCGUGCUAUUGAGCUGACGAAACGGCUGAUAGCUGCUGAUCCAACACAUUUAAGAGCGAAGGGUAACCUCCACUAUUUUAAUAACUUGCUGAGAGAAAAGAAGCAAGAUGAUGAAAGGUCAGACAAAGAAUCCUCUGAAUUUCAGAGCAGGAUCUAUGCAAGACCGGAUGGCCACUUACCCGAGCGGGAUGCCUACGAAGCUCUGUGUCGGGGGGAAGGAAUUAAGAUGACUGCCCGAAGACAAAAGCGGCUGUUUUGCCGUUACCACAACGGCAACAACAAUCCUCGCUUGCUUAUUGCCCCCAUCAAAGAGGAAGAUGAGUGGGACAGUCCGCACAUUGUUCGAUACUAUGAGGUGUUGUCUGAUGCAGAAAUUGAAAGAAUUAAAGAAAUAGCCAAGCCCCGGUUGGCCAGAGCCACAGUUAGGAACUCAGUCACAGGGAUCCUAGAGACAGCGAACUAUAGAAUCAGUAAGAGUGCCUGGUUGGACGAUGAUGAAGAUCCUGUUGUGCAUCAGGUCAACCAGCGGAUAGCAGACAUCACAGGUCUGGAGGUGGAGACUGCUGAGUUACUUCAGGUGGCAAAUUAUGGCGUUGGAGGGCAGUACGAGCCUCAUUUUGACUUCUCCAGACGUCCAUUCGACCGCAACCUUGCGACGGAGGGGAAUAGACUAGCUACGUUUUUAAAUUAUAAAGAGGAACAGGAUGCUUUCAAAGACUUAGGCACUGGAAAUCGUCUUGCUACUUUUUUAAAUUACAUGAGUGACGUCCAAGCAGGUGGAGCCACAGUAUUUCCCGACUUUGGAGCUGCCAUAUAUCCAAAGAAGGGAACAGCAGUCUUUUGGUAUAAUCUUUUUAGAAGUGGAGAAGGUGAUUAUAGAACACGACACGCGGCCUGUCCAGUAUUAGUAGGAAGCAAAUGGGUUUCCAACAAAUGGAUCCAUGAGAGAGGACAAGAGUUCAAGAGACCAUGUGGAUUGACAGAGGUGGAGUGAACCUGUGGACCAUUCUGUUAUCCCAGCUUAUUUCCUUUCCUUCUUUCAUCAGGACAAGCAAAGUGUCAAGAUUUGGUUUUCCCUUUUGAGUGCUAAUCACCUUCUGCAUUCCAUUGACCCUUUUAUCCUGGUGUUACCUGCAUUCUGUUUCAUUUCUUCUCCUUUCCAAACCUAGACAUACUAUGAUAUUCACUGGGGGCAAAAAAAAACUUGUGGUAUCUUCUUUCAGUGGUCCACUGUGUACAUGAAGAUAAUUCAUUCUCAAUGUCAACAAGUUAAACACUUGGGUAAAGCAACCCGGAGAAGACAACAAGCCUUUUGCUUUGGGGAAAUAGCGAAUGAAAACAUCAAAGUAACCAUGUUACAUUCACCCUUUCUUCCUACUGACAUCAAUUGGAACAGAGUGUAGUUUGUCGUUCCACCACAUGGAUGCAUCCAUAGAAAUCUACAUCCUGCAUACGUUGUUGGUUCUUUUCCAAGCCAACCUCUUUCUUUUGAGGCCAUUCUAAUUUAACAGAUCUACUUUCAUGAGAAGAGUUUUGUGUCAUCAUUCUGUUUUGUCAUUUGAAGAUCUCCAGCAGACUUGUGUUCAGUUUUGCAGCAUCAGACCAUGAUUUUAUUAAUCACCUGCAGAUGUUGAUUGGUUACAGAUGUCAAGCAUUCCCUUCGAGAAUCUAAAUUAAUCCAAUUUGCUUCUAACCUGCAUUAAGAGUAAGUCACAAAAAUAAUGUGACCAACCAUUUUGAUAUAAAAUAGGAAGUGCAGGAAAUGCUAAGCAAGUUAGCGAAUGUCUGUGGAGAGAGAAACAAAGUUAAUUUUUCAGUCAGUGACUGUUGGAAAAGGUAUGUUGGAAAAGGUAAGCUUGCAUGUUCAAUGACUCUCUCCACAGAUGAUGCCUGAUUGCUGACUAUUUCCAGCAUCUGCUGUUGUUUGCUUUUGAACCAAUGUGGGUUUUUUUUUGUGACAUUAUUUCUCUGACGACCACUGUGAGAUAAGUCCUGAUUCAUAGAUUAAUAUGUGGUUGCCCAAGGAGACCCAUGAGGAAAAGGGUCUGGGCUUCACAGUGAUGCUUAUCUUUUCUGAAUAACUAGAGAAAUAAUGAUUGUAAUCACUGAGAGUAUUAAAUUAAGUAAUCCAUUGAACAAAAUUGUUGAGGUCGAAGUUCAUCUUUGGCCACCUGCAUUAAAUGGAACGUGACUGGAUUUUGGAAGUGGAUUUCAACACACACACCAUAUAUUCUAAGUAUAUGCAGAAUAUAUGUAAUUAGACAGGUUUAUAUGCGUAAAAAAGUAUAUGUCACAUCGUCCCAUUUUUAUUACAAGUGACCAAGAAUGAAUUUCAUCCCCAAUAAAGGUGAAUAAUUUAUGGAAUUCUUUGCCACAUACAGCUGUCGAGGCCCAAUCAUUGGGGGUGUUUAAGGAGGAGAUUGAUACGUAUCAAAGGGAUAUGGGGAAAAGGCCAGAAAUUGGAGCUAAAUAGGAGUAGUUUAGUUUAGCUCAUGGAGCAGACUCGAUGGGCCGAAUGGCUACUUCUGCUCCUUUGUCUUGUGAUCUUUUGAGCAGACUCAUUACAUGGCCACAAAUGUGUCUACUUCCCUUGGCUCUUGACCUACCAAAUGGAAACAUAAGCUCACAGAUCCUCUCUGGAACCUGCUUUUAAUUUUAGAAUUAAACAUUAACAGAGCUGGUAGUGGAAUUAAAAUUGCAGAAUGUUGAGCAAUGAAAUCCAACUAAUUUGUUUGCGAGCCUGACCUUCCUGUGAUGGUGUCGUAUUUCGGAAUCCUAAAUGUUACAUCAUUCCUUAAAGCAAUUUUUAGAUGACCCAAACCUUACUGCUUCAAUCAGGCAGGGAAAGAGCAGGAUGGGGCAGCCAUUGGUGUUGAAUCCCACUUGAUUAUCCAGCCAUCAAAUUAAUUAUAAAACAGAGGUUAAAGGGAGCUCCUGCACUAGGCAGUAGGUGGGAAGUGGUGUUCCACAAGAAUUGAUGCUGGGAACAGUUCAAAGCUCACCUCCGGUAAUUUGCAUCUGUAUGGGAGGAGGUGAGGGUGGUGUAGCUUUCCCUGUGACCAUGUGUGUUUCCACUGGCUUCUCUGGUUUCCUCCCACAUCCCAAAGUCGUGCAGCUAGGUUAAUUGGAAAUUGCAAAGCAGUAUUAUUUAGUGGAAGUUAAAUGGCAAAAUGAAUCAAGGGGCAUAUGUUUGAGAAAAUAAGUUGCAGGGGUACAGAAAAGUAAGGAGAGGAAGACUGGGGCCAAUGGGAUUGCUGCCCUAGGAGCUGGCAUGGACUGAAGAACAAAAUGGCCACCCUCCUGUUUUAUAAGAUAAGAUUUCUUUAUUAGUCACAUGUACAUUGAAACACACAGUGAAAUGCACCUUUUGCAUAGAGUGUUCUGGGGGCAGCCCACAAGUGUCACCACGCUUCCGGCGCCAACAUAGCAUGCCCACAACUUCCUAACCCGUACUUCUGUGGAAUAUGGGAGGAAACCUGAGCACCCGGAGGAAACUCACGCAGACACGGGGAGAACGUACAAACUCCUUACAGACAGUGGUGGAGUGUGUACAUUAUAAGAUGAAUGAAAAUCAAAACAAAAACUGCAGAUGCUGGAAAUGUAAAAUACAAAAACAGAAAGUGCUGGAAAUACUCAGCAGGUCAGGCCGCACCUUUGGGUAGAGAAACAGAGACAAUGUUUCGAGACACAGUGCCAACGAAAGGUCUCCUACCUGAAACAUUGAUCCUGUUUCUCUUGCCACAGAUGUAGCCUGACCUGCGAAGUAUUUCCAGCAUUUUCUGUUUUAAGAUAACAAGGGGAUAUGCUGAACCCAAAAUGGACUCUGUCUUUGCGAGUUCUUGAGGGUAAGCAUUUUGGUGAUUCCUCCUUCAGUUAAACAUGUAAAUCUGAAGGAUUUGAGUCCUACCACAUUAAUGUAAAGAAUAACAAAAAUUCAUGCAUAACUUCUUGAAGGGUAAGAUUUUUAGCCUGGAUGUGGUGGUGCAGUUAUAAAUCAACCAUUCCAUGUAAUGGAACGACAAUCUGAAAUGCAAUACGCCUUGCUCAUUUCUAUCCUUCAAAAACCUUGUGUUGCAGAGUGAGUGAGAACCAAACCUCAAAUGUUUCUUCAGGUCUUUCUACUCAUCCUGUAUGCCAAUUGAGCUGCUUAUGUUGAAAAUUGACAUAGCCCAAAAAUUCUCUCUGUCUCUCUCUCUCUCUCUCUCUCUGCAUUUACCUGGUCCACUCCAAAUUAAAGUUUGGAUGAGGUAAAAGAGUGCUUUCCACCAAAAAGUAAAUUUGAUUGGGUUGUUGCAAAUGUGGGAAAUUACUGUUAUUUUUUAUUUGCCUGUUUACCUCUAGAGUUCCACGAUGAAAAUAUUAUGUUUAAAUACAGAGUGAUUUUAUUAAAUGUUUUUCAAAUCUUAAUUUUAUUGAUUUUGUUUAUAGUAAUGUUUUUUUGAAUGGAGCGCAAAUCCCACAAAGCGAUUAGAGGAAGUUGUCCGAAUUUACUGUGCUGGAAUGAAUGAAUAAAAUAAUGAAAUAAGAUAAU